AUGGUCUCCACUGCGUGUCCCAUUGACUCGAAGGACUUUUCCAGGCGCUGCUUGUCCAUGCUCCAGAGCUUCAGUAUUGCCUCCAACGAGUCAACGCCACGCAAUUUACAACGCUGUGCCUCUGGUCUCACGCACGGCUUGCAGAUGGACCUGCAACAGGCCGUACAGCUCGAGAAGCAGGAGCUCGAGAAGAUGGGGCUAUUGCCACGACCGAUGGAGGUCGAGAUGACGCUGGCGGCGAUACUGCCGUUCGACGACGAAGACCGUCAGGUGCACAUGUGCUCGUCGUCGCCACUGCCCUAUUGGCUGCACCGUCGGCAAGUACCAGCGACGUCGUUCAGUCGUGGCCACUGUGGCGACGGUCUCCCGUGCUCCCCUCCCGUACCUAUUCCACAACACCAUCAAACACUUCAAGACAACUUGCCGUAUGGCUAUUUUGAUGCUGAUCCACUUGAAGACAUGAGCUCAUCGCAGUGCGAAGUGCAACGCUGUGACAAGUUCUGGAACUACAGUCGAUCGUCGUUUGAGCUGCAAGGACAGACGAGCAGUGACGAGUAUCCGCUCGAUAGGACUGCAGGCAUGAGCCCGUGCAGCGAUAGUAUGCUUCAGCUGUCCAGGUCUGUGGCUACAGAUUUGGUGCAUGACGAUGAGGACGAUGAAGCGCUGGACGAUGCGAGGGAUCCGGACGCGGACGAGGGAAUGUAUCACUAUGGCGAUGUGUUUGAGAUGGAGGACCUCUAG